GUUGUCAAUGUGCUUUAUUUUUAGAGCGCAGCUGUCGUUUCUCUCCUUACAUGCCCCUUAAGAUUCAUUCAGGUUAUAUUUAUUCUUGCUCUGAAUUGGUUCAUGCAACGAAAAAAAAUACACCCCACACGAUGCCAGAAAAACGUCACAGUGGUACUAUUUCCAGAACAUUACUGUUACCUCAGGAAAAUCAUGGGACUUUUCGAUUGAGGCACAUAUUAGCAGAAGACGGUUGCAAAGAAAGUCAAGUUUCAUUGGCAAAGACGUUAUUGUAUAGCCCUGUGAGUACUGCGGAAGAGCGUAAUUUUAAUGCUCAGUUAGCGGUUUACUGGUUGCUUCAGGCUGCCAAGAAAGGACAAGAAGAAGCCUGUGAACUUUUGAAAAAGUGUGCUAGUGCCGGAAUAGGAGUAAAUGCUGCAAACGGUCUAGAAGUCGAAAAGUGCCUGAAAUUCAGUUACGAAGACAAAGUAUCGAGAAGAGUUGCGUUUGCUGUAUUUCACGCAAUUAUGAGUGAUACAGAAGAGCUUAUUCCCGAGGAUGUUUUCCGUGAAAAGGUUGAACAUGUUAUUCAAUCAGAAAAUUGUGAAAAAUCAACAAAAACAUGUAAAGAUGAUCCAGUUAGUUGUGCUGAACCAAUUAUGAAAACAACUGGUGACACUUCUCUCCGAAACCAAGCUCAUGUGUCAUUCAGUGAAGUUGUUAAUUCUGUUCAGUCCUGUUUAGAAGGUAAUGUACCUCUUGUGUCUUUGAAACAAGUUGCUCAAUACAGUGAGCUUAAGAAAUGGCUUCCCACAAAGUACGUAUACCUACUGUGGGAUAUCCUUUUUAAGUCUCUAGGAGAUCUGCUUCAGAAUCUUUCAAGCUUAGUUUUGUUAGUUUCAGUUUUUUUCCUGGGUGCUUUGUUUGAAAUUUAUUCUGCUUUCUCCUCUGCAAAUGAAAUAAGUGCUGUAAAUAAUGCUAAGAUAUUUUUUGCAACGCUUUUAUGUUUGUUAACAAUGCUGUCAAGCACAUGUUUUGUUAUUUCUGUCAGUUUUGGCAGUGAUAAUAUGAAGAAAUGGCUGCAUUUGAUAAAAUUCUUUGAGCCUAAUAUUAAAUCUAAUGAAAUUGAAAAAAAAUAUUUAAUGAAAACUUCUUUUCCUUUGCUGACAUUUCUUGUCAUAUCUUUAAUAUAUAUAAUAAUAUUGCCAUUGAAUCAUACCCCCAAACUAUUUAAUGACUUAGGAAUUUUAAGUCUUAUACUUAUGUUGCUUGUAGAUAGGACAGUUACUGAUCAGCGUUAUUUUGUGAAUAUAUCUUUGUUUCUAAAUGCCUUAGCAUGUCUUUUUAAGGUAAAUAUUUUGCAGAACAUGUUUAUUAGUUCACUCUCUUUCUUGAAUUUUGAUAUAACUUAUGAAUUAGGAAAAAAUUUUCAGUUGCAUAUCAGUUUUAUAUCUUGUUUAGCUUUACCAUUUGUUUUGCCAUAUUUGUAUACAAAAAUGGCUCUUGGCAGUGAGCGUAAAGGUUGGCAUCUUGUACUGCUUCCGCAUCUCAUGUCUGUUACGUGGAUGAAUUUGGCCUGCAUCCAUUUGGUCGACUCUUCCAAUGACCUAAUUCUUAGUUUAUUUACUUGGCUUAUUGUCCUAGUUGUGUCUUAUUAUCUUGGUACCUUUUUGACAUUUGUUUUGUAUUCAUUUAUCAAAGCUGUGUGUAUCUCAAAUUUAAUUAGCUUGGAAUUUAUUCCCUUAAUUUUAACUUUUGCAAUUUUGUAUGCAAUUAGUUUACUAAUAGUAAAAAAAUUAAAAAUUUCAAAUGAUAAUAAAUUAUGGUCUUUAGUUAUCUGUUUGAUUAUUUUGUUGUUAUCGUAUCGUGCAGCUAAGCCUCAAGCAUUGAAUCUUGAGAACGAUUCAAGUUCAGUUUUGUCUUGGGAUAAAUAUCAAACAUAUUGUCACCACCAUGCUUGGUAUCGUACUAAUCCUGCGGAAGUCCAGAUAUCUUGUUUACCUUUGAAAGGCAGAAAAGUAUCUGUUGAAGGAACAAUUACAGGAAUUGAUGUAAUAGAGGUACACAAUUCUGUGCAAGUAAUUGCAAACAUGUUGCCAAAUCCCUUUCAUAAAUGGUUUGUGUGUCUUCUCGGUAAGAAAUAUAUUCAUUGUGAUGCUGAAGUGAUGACACAGGCUGAAAAAGAACAGUGCAAAUUGCAUGAAACAUUUAAUUUUAGUGACUGCCACUUGCAUAAUUGGAAUGAAUACAAAUAUCAAAUAAUACUAGAAGUAUCAACUCGUACUUCUCCAGAAAUCAUAUUAUAUGCUGAUCAUGCAUGUUCAUCUUUCAUUCGCAGCCUUAAAGAAGGAGACUCUCUACAUGUAAUUGGUACAUUAGAGUCAAAUAUUGGUAGUACCUUACCAAAGUUUCAUUUAAAAGAAGCAUACUGCAGCAGUUGUUACUCAGAUGCUGAGUGCAAAACAUCUUUUGUUGUGCCGGUGCCAAAUUAUGAUCUCUCGCUGAAAAAUGUAGUAGGAUUUUAUUUAUCUCCAUUCAUUCAGUUUGAACCAAAAUUAAAUUCCUAAGAAAUAUUAUUUGUGUUCAUCAUAUUUUUUUAUACUAGAUCAAAUUCAGUCUCUUUCAUCUGUUUUUAUAUUUUAAAAAACUCAAUGUUUAGAUUUCUUGAUAUAUUUUAAUGUUUUUAUACUUUUUUUAAUAUAUAAUGCUUUACUAUCAAAUGUCAUUGUAUGCUUCUUAGAGGUUUAGCAAGUUUUGUUCGUAAUGUCUUAAGUGUGUAAGUUAUUAUAAGUGUUAGUGCAAUCAGGUUUUAUAAUAAAUUAUUAUUAUUGUGUACGAUUAGAAAUAAGAGCUCUAAUUAAAAUUAUGUAUUUUGACUCUCCAA